UUCCUCUCCUUGUCCGUCUCCGAUUUCUCUUCAUUAUCCUCGUCCUCCUCUCGCCGCGCCGCAACUACCUCAGACCUCCUCCGCAUCAUUGAGAUCGAGCAGCGCACCGCCCUGCUCUACACUCCACUCAUUCUCUCUUGCCCCCCGACCUGCACGACUAUGUCCCAUGAGUGAGCCCAACAAGCUCGCUCAGGAAGAGGAGCUCGCCAUUCUCCAUUCCAUAUUUGGAGACGACUGGAAAGACAUCCCCCCGAAGAAGACCGCAUGGGGUACCGAGGGCGAGCAUGGAUGGUGGGAAGUCCAGCUGCGCGGCAAUGAGGAGCCGCGCGUGCGCAUCAAGCUCAAAGGUCGCUUCCCCAAGAACUACCCUUCGUCGGCACCGCCACUGCUCUACCUUCUUGACCCCAUCAAACUCACCGCCGACCAUGUGCGCAAAUUGCAGCGCGCCCUUGACGAGAAGGCCAAGUCUCUCGUUGGCGGGCCUGCCUUCAUCUUUGACUUGACCGACUUCAUUUCGCUUUGGAUGGACAAGAAUCACGUCCCCCUGCCCAAGCCGGGUGAGCCAGAACCGACUCUCAUGGAAGAAAUGGCCAUCAGGGAAGAAGCACAGCGAGCAGCGGAAGAGGCACAAAGGAAGUCUGAACGAGAACAUCGACUGGCGGCAGAAGCAGAACAAAAACGCAUUCUCAACGAGCGCAUCCAACUGGAUACAUCGCGCAAGGAAGAGCGCGUCCGAAAAGCUCUCAUCGACCAAGACCGCCGGCAGCGCGAGGAACGUGUGUCAGCUCUUGCGGACGGCGAGUUUGAGAUGCGCGAGCUUGUACUCAAGGAACCUAUCUCCGUCGACGGGUAUCAGGGCAAGUGGGCUAAGUGGUCCGUCUUUGCAGGCCGCCGUGAACAGCUAUGGACGUCGUACACGGCCGAGCCCGUGUCCGCCGACAAGGACCCGAACUUUGUCAAAGUCUCGACGCCCACCGUUACCGUACAAGUCGUCGACUUUACCAACCGCUACUACAAUGGUGCUCACGGUCAGAAGCGCAUCGAUACGCUUAUCAGCGAACUCUCGCGUCUCAUGGAGGUGCGCUCGCCGCAUGUCGCACGAGUGUUUGCAGUCGAGAAGACUAAGAGCCCCAAAGGGUGGGAGCGUCUCAUCGUUGUCGUGGAACGCGUCCCAGAAGCGGGGCGGCUGCGCACAUGGCUUCCGAAGGACGGCUUCGGAGAGGAACGGGCAAAGGAGUACAUCAUACAGAUCUUGCAGGGGCUGUCGGAUUGCCAUGAUGCCUAUUGCAUGCAGAAGCAACUUGAUUGCGACCUUGUCCUCUUGAGUGCCGGCGAGGAGGACGACAUUCGUGUGAAGGUUUCCGGAACGGGCUACGCCAAACGCCUGGUUGAGUACCACCGCUCGAAUCCGUUCCUCAAGACGCCCCCAGAAUCCUAUCCUGAGUCAUGGUGGUCUCCGGAUGAAAUAGACUCACCCUACACUUACACUCCUAAGCGUGACAUCUGGCAGGCUGGUCUGAUUCUUCUACAAAUGCUGUUCGGGCGCAACUGCCUUUGGACCUAUCAUGACUUGCCAACGCUUCUGCAACAUGCACCUGGUGGGGUUUCUAACUCAGUAGCAGAUUUGCUGCGGGGCAUGAUCCAACCUGUGACCAGGCGACGGUUUACGGCGGCGGAAGCAUUGAAGAAGCUGCGUGCAGCGGAAGACGAGACUACAAACAGGCCAUCUCGAUCAGCCCCUCCCUCGGUGCCAAUGAGCCAGACAGCGUCUGGCUCUGGCGUCGCAUCGGCCACGACUAGCUUCCACCCAGACCUAUUCGGCAAAUCGCCGGGGCAAGGGAGUUUCUACUACCCGGUCGCGCCCGCUGGGUCGUUACGUUACUCGCGAUACCGUCAGGACUUCGAAGAGGUCGAAUUUCUUGGAAAAGGAGGCUUCGGCGAGGUGGUCAAAGCGAGGAACAAACUGGACGGCCGCCCCUACGCUAUCAAGAAGGUUAAGCUGCGUCCAGAAGAUGACGUCCAGCGCGUGCUGCGUGAGGUUAACGCUUUGUCGCGCGUCAGCCACCAAUACAUUGUGCGGUACUACAGUUGUUGGCUCGAAGACGUCGGGCUGCCCGACGGACCCCUGGAUGGCGACGCGUCUACCGUUCAGUCGUCCGUCAACUCUUCGAACGUUAACUCAUCUAACGUGUCGUCUGAGAGCGAUAUCUUUGCCGUCAAGUUUGACGACUUUGACAAAUCUAUUUCUCGACGAGACCAUUCUAAAAGCGCCUCAUUUCCACGUAUCCGUUUCGCCGACGACGAUGAUGAAGAAGAAGACGAGGAGGGCGAGAGCGAUGACGAGGACAGCUGUGACGACGAUGACAGCGACAGCAGCGGCUGGGCAAGCGAGCAUACUGUCGCUGACCCCUCGGCUUCAGUUCCUAAGAAAGCUCAGACCCAACCGAUUGCGAUCUCGAAACCCUCUACUAAGCCUUCGACCUCAUACACCGGCACCACCGACAAUGACGAAUCGGUGCAAAGAAUCCUGUACAUACAGAUGGAGUUCGUGGAGAAGCAAACUCUUAGAGAGGCCAUCAGCGCGGGUCUAAACGAAGACGAGUGCUGGCGCCUGUUGGUUCAAAUUCUUCAAGCUCUCGCACACAUGUCGACGUCAGGCAUUGUCCACCGGGAUCUAAAGCCCUCGAACAUCCUUCUAGACGCCAAUGGAAAUGUCAAGAUCGCUGACUUUGGUCUCUCGACAACAGAUCUUCCAGCCGCCGACCUACCUCUAGGCCAAUUUGACAUAUCCACAGAGGACGUUGACCGCACCUCAAACAUCGGCACAAGCUCCUACAUCGCUCCUGAGGUGCUCGUCUCGAAGUCGUACAACGAGAAGGCCGACAUGUACUCACUUGGGGUAAUCUUCUUCGAGAUGUGUUACCCCUUUAAGACUGGAAUGGAGCGUGCCAACGUGCUUGGCGCCUUGCGGUCGAAGGAGGUUGUCUUCCCAGAUGCUUGGCCCGCUACCAAACUGCCUAAGCAACGCGAGAUCAUUUCCCUGUUGAUGUGUCACGACCCCGCCAUGCGACCUCAGGCAACACAAUUGCUAAGUGGUCCGCUCGUGCCCACAAUCAACAUGGGGGAGCAGUUCUAUGACAGCGUCAUUGCUGAAAUCACUAAUCCCCGGUCGGAGAAGUACCCAGCGCUGAUUGAAGCCCUGUUCGCAACGGACGCAAAGUUCAAGUUCCACAUGGACAACCGCACUGAAGACUACACCUACGAUAACGAGCACGACGAUACCCUCUUCUCCUGGCAGACCGUCGUCAACGGCAGGAUCAAGAAGCUGUUCCGUCGACACGGUGCGAUGGAGGUGUAUCUCCCACUGUUGUUGCCAGAGACUACGUUGCUCAAACCGUACCCGGAACGCGCUCCUGUCCGGCUCCUUGACUCCGGAGGCCGAUUCGUACGGCUUCCGUCUUCCAAUCUAGUCGGCAUGGCCCGGUCCACCUCUCGCCAGCGAAUCGAGCGUAUCAAGCGUUACGUCGUUACCCAGCGCUACACAGAGCAAACCGCCGGGGGGCAGCCUGGGGCACAUACAGAACUCUGUUUUGAAAUCAUCUCGCCUGUCCGCUCUUUGGCUGCAGAGGGUGAGCUGCUCGAGCUCAUGGAUCGCGUAGUCAUGGAAUGCCUCGGACCCAAGCAGAGUGCAGUCGUGGAUUAUGAGUUCCACAUCAGUCACGAAAGCAUCUUGGCAAUGUUGCUUUCCACCUGCCCUUCCCAACUGCGAUCUAAAGUUCUGAAGGCUUUCAAAGGACCAGCAACGGGGGUGUCCUUUGGGCACUCGAGGCCGUCGCUUGCGACAAUUUCGGGACUGUCGCCGAACUGCAUCCAGGACUUCGAGAGGGUCAGUCCUGUGGACGAGUUCGACGUCGUCAGGAAGGCGCUAGUGGAGACGUAUCCGCAGUUCUCGCGCAAGUUCGCCUUCGCUUUCGAGGAGAUUCAGACCGCUAUUCGGCUCGCUCGGUCCAGCGGCGUGAAACGCAAAAUAUUGUUCAGACCCACUCUAUCCAAACACUGCGAGUACUACCGCGGCGGGAUCAUGUUCGAGUGCGUGCGCAAGAGUAAGCACAGUGAGGUAAUUGGCUAUGGUGGACGUCACGACUCGUUGCUAGACCACUUCAAGGACCCUCAGAUUCUUACUCGCCCCGUCCACGGUGUCAACCUGUCUAUCGCCUCGGACAUGCUCACGCGCAUUGUCCGCAAACAGGAGCUUGCCAACGCGAAGGAGUUGUUGUCCAAGAAGAAGAGUCCAGAAGAGCGCUCCUUCGGCAUAUGGGCACCGAAUCGGUGCGACGUUUACGUCUCGUCGACCUCGGCAGUCAACAUCGGAGACCGCCUCACUCUCUGUGGACAGCUUUGGCGUGCCGGCAUCAGAGCCGAUCUGCAGUACGAUGAUGGCCGCACACUACAACAGGUGAUCGAGGAAUGCCAAGACCAGAGCAUUCUCUACGUCGUCAUCAUUCGCGGCCACAAAGACGAGGCGAAGGUCAUCCGUGUGCUUACUGGCAAGAACUCGGAAGAGUCUGUUCCAGAGGACAAACUGAUAGGUUGGCUCAAGAACGCGAUCGAGAGCCAGCGCCGCAUAGACCGCGCGUAUGCCGACGGCACCACACCAAUCGUCCGCAAUCAGGCUAAGGAGGCCCAGGAACAGCAACACACCACCCGGCUCACCAACGUGGAAAUCAAUCUUGUUCUUCCCCCGGAGCCGCUUACAACGCGCGGCGUCAAGAACAAGGCAACCCGAAAGUAUCGCCACGGCACAAAGGCGGUGUACUACGAGAAGGCUGACGAAUUUGCGGCAAACGUCAAGUCGGCGUUGCCCGUUAUCGGAGUGGACCUUUCGCCUGAACUUCUGUCAUCCAUGACGUUGGAGACGAACUGGAUCACAGAUGACGAGGCUUGGCGCAACCUGACCCACACCGUUCUCCCCAACUCGGAGCGCAGUUACGCCGCGGAGGUGCGGCGCGCCGUGGCCGAACACGCUAAGAGUCCUGGCGGCUGCGUGUGGCUGUUCUCCGUGCGCGAGGCGAGGGGUUUCCUCUUGCAGCUUCCCGCUACACCCAAUCAUCGAUAGAACAACAUACAUUCUCGAGUCCCAAACGAAUACGCGUACCUACCGAUAUGAGUACCCACAAAGUGUAUGCACAUAAUUACUCCUGUC